AUCAUUCUGGAAAAAUUAUUUUCGGUUGCGAGGGUCAAUUACAAUCAUUUUUGGUCAAUAGACGUACCCCCGAAAUCCUACGCACUUUCGAGAAAAAUAUUCCAAAAUUCAUAAAUAUUUGUUACCUUCGGAACUGUUAUACAGAAUUCCCACAUUGCAGUAACAUAUAUGUAGUGACAUUACUAGAUAUUUCGAAUGGUUAAAAAAUGGUGAGACAUAAUAAUCAAUUACCGGAAAAUCUUCCACAAUUGCAGAAUCUUAUUAAACGUGACCCAGAGUCUUACAAAGAAGAAUUUCUUCAACAGCAGCAGCAUUAUAAGUCUACUUUGGAAGUGUUUUGUUUAACACCAAAUAAAUUUAACAAGAGUCUUGAUGAAAUAAUCACCUUUUUAGCACAGGUGGCUCAUUGUUACCCAAAUACUUUAGAAUCAUUUCCUCAGGAAAUCAUUGAUGUACUGCAAACAUACAAUACAGUACUUGACAAUGAAAUGCGAUUAACAUUCUGCAAAGCUCUAAUUCAACUGCGUAACAAAUCUCUUUUGGAACCCACUGUGCUUCUUAAUUUAUUUUUCCAACUUCUAAGAUGCCAAGAUAAAAAUCUGAGACAAUUUCUUGAAACACAUAUUAUUGCUGAUAUUAAAAAUGUUAAUGCUAAACAAAAAAAUACAAAGCUUAAUACAACUUUGCAAAACUUUAUGUUUUCAAUGUUGAAAGAUUCUAACAUUAGAGCAGCAAAAAUGUCUGCUGAUAUUAUGAUUGAAUUGUACAAUAAAAACAUCUGGAAUGAUGCAAAAACUGUAAAUGUGUUGGCAACUGGAUGUUUUGCUAAAACUACAAAAGUCAUGGUCGCUUGUUUAAAGUUUUUUUUGGGGUCGAGUAUAGAAGAUCAAAAAAGUGACGAUAGCGACAGCGAUAGCGAACCGAAUAUUAAAGAAAUUAUUAUGUCUAAUAAAGUAAAUAAGAAAACAAAGAAACGUGAGAAACAAUUAGCAAAAGCAAAGCAGGUGUUAGCGAAGUCCAAAAAGAAAGCUACAAAAGCACCAGGAUUUAAUUUCUCAGCAUUGCAUUUAAUUCACGAUCCACAAGGUUUUGCAGAGAAACUAUUUAAACAGUUGGAAAAAAAUAACGAUAGAUUUGAAAUUAAACUGAUAACUUUAGAUGUAAUUUCUAGGCUUAUUGGUUUGCAUAAUUUAUUUCUACUAAAUUUUUAUCCAUACCUUCAAAGAUUUUUGCAACCGCAUCAAAGAGAGGUAACGAAACUUUUGCAAUUUGUUGCUCAAUCCUGUCACGAACUUGUACCUCCUGAUGUGUUGGAACCUGUUUUGAAAACCCUGGCAAAUAAUUUUGUUACUGAACGAAAUUCUGCUGAUGUUAUGGCCAUUGGCUUGAAUGCCAUUCGAGAAAUAUGUGUACGGUGUCCUUUAGUUAUGAGUGCAGAUUUAUUACAAGAUUUAGCACGAUACAAGCAUUACCGAGAACGUAGCGUAAUGAUGGCUGCACGUUCUUUAAUCGGUUUAUUUAGAAGCACAAUACCAGAGUUUUUACAUAAAAAGGACAGGGGACGGCCUACAGAAGCAACUGUUACUUUAGAAGUCCCAAAGUAUGGUCAAGUAUCUGCUAAUGAUUUUGUUCCGGGAGCUGAAAUUUUGCUUGAUAAUAAAGUAGACAAGGCUGAAUCUUCUGCAAUUUAUUCUGAAAAUGAUAGUAGUGACAAUGAGUGGAUUGAUGUAAGUCACAGUAGCAAUGAUGAGAGCAUUGAUGAUGAUGAUGAUUAUGAUUAUAACGAUGACGACGAUGAUAAUGAUAAUGAUGAAAACUCUCUUACAAAUACUAAAAAUGAUGAUAAUGAAACUUCAGCAUGCAACAUUGAAUCUAACACAAAAGAUAAUAGCGACAAUGAAAAACACAAAGAUGAUAGAGUGAAUGAAAGUAAUGAGUUAAAGAAAGAGAUCGCAGAUGUAAGAAUCGUCGUUAACAGUGUACAAAAUAAAAAACAAAAGAGCAAGCAUAAUGCGAUGAAAAGAAUUGAACGAAAAAAGCUAAAAGUUAAGAAACAAGAAGACUCUAAAAUUGAAAAAAGUCAGAUAGGAGAAGCAGAAAAAAAAGGAAAGGCAUCUGUAAUUUCUACCGAACGGUUAUUGACCGACGAUGACUUCGUGAAAAUAGAUAUGGCACUAGCAAAGCAACAAGUAACGUAUGCCAAGCGCAGCUUAAAGAGAGCUCAUUCGAAUGAUGGCGAACGUGGAGAUUUUGUUAAAUUGACGGAUAUUGAAAAUAUUUAUAAGAAACGAAAACAUGACAAACAAGCUCGUAUCGAAUCUGUAAAGAGAGGUCAAGAAACAAGAGAAAAGUUUGGUUACAAAGAUGGUCGCCAAAAUCCACACUGUAGUAAAACAAAUCGCGAAAAGAGAAAGACAAAAGCUUUUCAAAUGUUGAAACACAAAAUAAGAGCAAAAGUGAAACGUUCUUUUAAAGACAAACAGAUUGCUUUGAGAAAUCAUUUAUUGAAGCAAAAAAGAAUGAAAUAACUGCAGAUUCAUAAGCUUGUGCAUACACAUCUAAGUAUUUUAUAUGUGAGCUAGUAUGUUCAUGUAUAUAGAUGACUGAAUAUAAAAUUAUGUGU